AAUUCUAAAAAGUAAAUAUUAAUUAAUAGUUCUUAGUAUUUAUUGAUACUUUGUAAUUCUAAAACAAAUUUUAAUUAGUUAAUAUUUUGUUGUUAAUUGGUAAAAAAUUGAAACAUGUGUUGGAUUAGUUGAACGUUAGUUAAAUGCAAUCCUAUGCCAUGCACUCACAAUACUCAAUUGAGGGAAGUUCAAAUGAUGUACCACCACUAUAUGAUGACGUAACAAAAAAUGAAUUGUCAAAUGGAAAUAUAUCCCCUUUAUGUCAAUUACCUCCAUACUCUGAAGUAGUUAUCUUAUCAGAUCCGCCGCCAAGUUAUCAUUCAAUUUUUAAUACUCAAUCAAUUAUGUCAGUGUUUGAUUCUCAAGCCAAUAAUGCUGGAAGAGUAAACACUGAAACACCAGUAGUUAACAAUUUUUUUUCACGCAAUAAGAUGUUUAGAGUUGUGUUAAAUGGAACUUUAUUUCUUCUUUUACUGACUUUUAUUCUAGUGUUGCCAAUAGCGAUGAUCAUUAUAGGAUUUUUAUAUAUUCAAGAAUGUCCUGCUCAAAGAAAAAUUCCAUUGUAUCUCAUUUUGCUUGGAUUUUUUCAAAUAUUAGAAUGCUUUGGCCGGAUUGUAUACAAAAUCUUUCAAUCAAAGAAUCUGACACAUCCGAAUUCAUUGCAAGAAAGAUGUCAGAAAAAAGAUCCACUGGUUUAUGUUGUUAUUAUAUGGUUCAUUGUUGGAAGUAUGUGGGUUUAUCAGACUAAUCCUGGAUGUAAAGAUUGUAACAAGCUACCUAAUUAUAUAAACUCUACUGGAGUCAACAAUUCAUACUGCAAUAAGGUCAUAUAUAAUUUUUCUUUUGGAGUAAUAACUUUGUAUUAUGGAUUAAUUGGAGUUUUUUGUUUUUUAUUUUUGCUUGAUAUUACUUUACGUGCUGUACGUAAAUGUUGCUGUACAAGACAUAUUGUUUAAAUUUGUUACAAAUUAUUAUUCAUUUGAGUUUAUUGAUUAUCUUAUUUAGUGUUUAUAAUCUUGUUAUUAAAUAUAGUUUGUUAAGUUA